AUGCAAAGCAAUUCUCUCGCCAACUGGGAUGGUAGUCUGACAAGAGCAAAACAACUCCAAGGACACGAGAAGACCACAACGAAGCGCGACGGUCCCAAUGGACUCAUUACAGACGGAGUUGGGGGUGGAGGCUCUGGAACGGUCUCCACUGGCAGUACAUUCGUGGGGUUGUCAUCUGGCCAUGAUUCAGGGAAACAAACAGGACAAUUUUUGCCUGUUCACGCGUCUAAAGAGACACAGAAGCCACAAGAAUCUUCCGCCAGAAAGCCAGAUCCCGCUAUGCAGCAGGGGUCCCAUAAUGAGGGAGCUGGGAGGCAGGCUGCGACCAGACCCAAUGUGGUGAAGGUUGUAAACGGCACACAGCUCCAGGUAGCAACUAUAACCUCAGACACAUCCUCGAUAUCAAGAGCGAAACAAGUAUCACAUAUAACCAAGAACACUUCUGCGUCCAAUACGAAACUUCACGGCCCUGUUCAACAUAUUUCCAGGCCCAGUCACGCUGCGCCCGAUCGAAACACCGCCCAAGUCAAGACUGCACUCGCUAGCACAAGCACGGCUCGUAUCAAGCCACGGCCACCGUCGUCUAACGCGACUUCCAGUUCCAAUGCGGGUCAGACGGCCUCAAGAAUCGCACCGAGGCCGUCGUUGGCGAAUGCGACUGCCAUGCCUGUUCACAAGGUGCCACAAGUUCAUAAACCCCCAGCCACGACUCCGUUGCCUAAAGCGAAACCGGCACAUCCUCCAACAGCAUCCGCAAAGGAUGCCACCGCGUCGACUAGUUUACAAAAACCCAGCGCAUUGGAAAGAAACUUCACGACUGCUUCAAGUUCCAAGUCAUCCCGGGCUCCUGCUGCAGAGGUUAUAUCAGUGCAUAGCUUCGAUGCGGAUGGGGAGUCGAUUCGUGACGAUAGCAGCGACAUUGUCGUUCUUGCUGGGCCCUCUCGUCCACCGGUCCCGCCCCAACGUCCUGUCGAAACUGUUGAUAACUUGUUCACGCCAUCACCCUCUCCCGACCGACCUCCACCAAGGAAGAAGCGGAAGAUCACGAUCUCACAUGUCGAGGUCCCUCGUCUGUCCGCUGCCCGGCGCAGUGUAUACAGGCCCAUCUCUUCUCUGAAGCUCAAGCGCAGACCUAAACCCCAAACUAGACCAGUAAACGGCGGGACGGUACAUAACGACUUGCGCGAGGCGCUCGCGAAUGCUUGGAGCUCCAACGAGAAGGACCCUUACCCUUAUCGGCUGCCGCAGUCAUCGACGUCUGUUUCGUCUGGCGUUAGUGAAGAGAUUCCUAUUGCAUCCACCUCCCUUCCCCGUGCACCAAAGAGAAAGCCAGGACGACCGCCAAAGCCGAAAGAGCCUUUACCUCAGGCAGACCAUUCGUAUCAUCAUCAUGCGCCGGGAUCAUCCAAGUAUAAGCUUCCUUCUCAACCCAGACCAAGCUCAAACGCAAAUGUUGUCUGGUCAAGCGCGUCUCAAACUGGCCAGUUCAGCAAACCUGGGCCCGCCACAAGCAGCGCCAAUGGACAUGCGCGGCCCCUUGCCCCUCCUCCGUUUGCUCCACGAAAAUCAUCCAGCCAGACUAAUGUCGCGACACCUUCAACCCAAUUGGACGAAUCUACGCCAGCCCCAGACAAUGCACAAAACCGGUCGCGGACAGUGAGGCGGGUUACGUGCAACUAUCUUGUCUCCCCCGAACCGCCCGUCUCUCCUCUCGCCGCCAUCCUCAACACGCGAAACUCAACAUCCAUCCCGCUGACUUUGGAAGGUGCCAUCAACAUGGUCAUUGCAGGAGACAAAGAUAUGGUUUAUCAUGAUAGACCAGGUCCACUGUUGGUCCCUCAAUUUCCAGACGAAGAAUCUGAGUUUACCGUGCACCAUAUACGAGAUGAGCCGAUGCAACGGCCUCAAAUCAAACUGCCGCCAGUCGAACCACCGGCACCGUCCACGUCUCCUCUGGUCGACUUGUCGGAACAGUACAGGCGACAGAAACUGGUGAAUCGAAGGAAGCGGAAGGCUGAGCAGCAGCGUCAGGCCCGAGAGGGUACAUCGUCGCAGCUGGUGGAUGAACGAUUUCAGAAUGCCACUUCGGAGGCGAGCUAUGCUGACGAGAGUAUUUAUUCCUCGCCGCCGCGGCCCUCGCUCAAAGCACUCGGAAAGCGCAAGGCUAUUGGUCCAACGACGCCUCAGCAACCACCGCCGACCCCUACCCACUCGCGUUCAAUGUUGCAGAUCAAUUCGACUGCUAUCAACGCCUUCCUCCACGAGACUAACGGGCUUUCUGAAACCCCGCAAAACACGGGUCCGUAUCGCAACGCUGCAGCGCCCGAAGUUCUACUCUCCUCCAUCAUCAGUCCUUCCGCGUUCGUGGACGAUAGUCCUCAACGACAACCGACGGUUGAUACCGCUUCAUUCUUCAACAUCAACGGCGACGCGCGACAACUUGAACCGUCCGUCUCGGUAUCGGUUUCGAGAGACGAGUCUCCUGCACGAACUCGUGAUCAAACAGCGCGCGCGACUUCGACGGCGUAUGAGAUCAAUUUUGAAGCUGCGACGUCGGUUUUGUCGUCUUAUGAGUCGUGGCAGAUGGAGAUGGACAUGGGUGGACAGGGGACGUACCAGUUGACCACGAUUAACCCGCUUUUGUUGGGUACUGCUGCUGGGACGGUUGUUGGGCUUGGAGGAGGGGAGGAUGGACAUGGGGGUCUUGAUGUCGUUGGUGGAGGGAUUGAUGUUGUGGGAGGAGUGGAGAUGGGGGUGGAUAUGUAUGAAGUGGAGAUGCGGGGAGAGCUGGCGGAUGAUCCGAUGGGUAUUAGGUCGUUUGAGCCUGCUCUUGAGGCUGAGAUGGUGGCUGAGAUGAUGGUGCCGUCGUCGCCUUCGUCUUCAUCGUCAUCGUCAUCUUCGUCGAGCUCGAGCUCGAGUUCGAGUGGGAGGAGGAGGAGGAGGAAGGAUGGAGAGGGCUCGACGACAAAGGAGGAAGAGGAGAGGCAAAAGCAACAAUCGCGUCAACCGGGGUCUCCUUCGCCGGAGCCUUACGAAUCGCCUAUCGAGAUUCCUUCGGAUUCAGACGAGAGUUGGAAUGGGGAUGGAUAUGUUCCUCGUGCCACGUCUGUUACUGGUCGGAAGGGGAAACGCACCACUCGUUCGCCGAGUCGGGCAGCGGCGGAUAAUACGUCCCGCGAGCAGCAAGAUCAGCCAGCCGCACCGAAGCGUGCACCAAUAAGGUCGCAGUGGGCUCGCGGUGGUCCGGCAGAGUACUGCCAUCAGUGCCGAACGAAGAGCGACAGGCUUAAGAUGAGGUGCACAACGUGCACCAAACUGUAUUGCAAUCGGUGUAUUGCCAACCGGUAUCCCGAGAUGACGUUUGGCCCCCAGUUCGAUGCGGAGAACCCGUGUCCUACCUGCGCGAACAAGUGCAAUUGCGACGUGUGCUGCCGGAAGAGGGGUGAUGUCUUCAUCAGUGCGAAGAAGCCCGGUACGGUAUCUGGGGCGCGAGCGGGGCCCCGAAGCAAGCAUCUCCCUUCGAGAGAGAAGAAGAAGGCCCGGGCUGUCUCGUCGUCGCAGGGCGUGUAUCCGGGUGCUCCAUCUUCGUCGCGAGCCACAAAACCUCCGCUGCCCGCUGUAGUAGCCUUCCCCAAACCCAACCAUAUGAUCUCUGGAAACGUCUCCUUCUGGGCUCCGAUAUACGGAUUCGACGGGAAACGACUGGCCAAUGGGUUCAUCGGCGAUGAAGACCAGCACGAUCCUUCAGCUAUCUUUGCGCAACGGGACGACUACAGCCUACCGCACCACGCGGGGGAAGGUUACCUCAAGCGCAGGAUAUUCGUUGGUGACUUGUGCAAGAGUUGGAAGAUGGGGAGGGGUGUGAAGGUUGUCGUUUUGGAUGCGGAUGAGGAUUCGUUGAGUAAUUUUCCGAGGCCGAAGACGAGGGAGAGUAGGGUUUAUGUUGGGAGGAGGGCGCCGCUGUAUUAUCGGGCGCCGCCGAAGUACCCGCACGUCGAGGAGGAGGAUGGGGUUGAGGUUGAGACUGUGGAUGUGGAUGUGCGAGAGGAGCCGGGUGGUCCGUCUCUCCCUGCAAUGGCAGGGGAGCCCAGUGGAACCGCGACGUCGGCGUCGGCGGGAACAGCGGUGGCGGUAGACCAGGACCAGGCGCGCACGACGGCUGAUGACGCGGACCAGUGGCAGUUACCUCCUUCCCCUCUUUCAUCUUUAACUGAUUUAGAGAGCGAUACUGAAGGUCGUGCAGUUGUGGGACUACAUGGACAAGGGAAUCGUCAUGAUCUUCCUCGCGAUCCUCUUCGUGAAAAACGCGAACCACCGCAGAGCGUAGAUGAUAUUCUGGCUUCAGGUGGGACUGUCAGCCUUAAUGAAGCGGAUGUUAUGCGGGCUGUUAGGUUGGCGCUGGGGAUGUUUGGCGGUGGCGGUGGAGGAGGCAAGGCAUGA